UGCACGGGUGAGGCGUUGAAUCUGGCAGCGGAACACGGGCACUUCGAGGUGGUCAAGUGGCUCUAUGAUAUUCGAACCGAUACGUGCAGCGGGGGCUGUAGUGCAAUGAGCAAAGCUGUGGAAAACGGCCAUCUCUCCAUCGCUCAGUGGUUUCAUAGCGUCAAAAGGGAAGUGUGUUCAGCUGAUGCCAUUAUCAAGGCGGCGAAGAAUGGGCAUCUCGAAGUACUGGAAUGGUUGCACCUGAACAAUCUGUUCAAGUGUACAAAGGCCGCGAUAGAAGGAGCUGCCGAGAGUGGACACUUGGAAGUGGUGAAAUGGCUACAUCAAGUUCAACACGAACGCGGUUCUGCACAAAUUUUGCGUGGAGCGGUGAAUAGCGGCAACCUAGAGCUGGUCGAGUGGGUUUAUGAGAACGUGCAUCUCAAAUGUCACCGUAAUGAUCACCCGUACUUGGAUACUACGACUGUGGCUCGGCGCGGGCAUUUAGACUUGUUAAAGUGGCUGCAUGAACACUUCCCCGACUCGAUCAGUGGAUGUGACGAUCUUUUAGACGCCGCUGCCGCAAAUGGUCACAUGGAUGUUAUCGAGUGGCUGCAUAAGCAAGGUCAAACAGGGUAUUCUGAGUCGGCACCGUGUUCUGCUGCUCGAAAUGGGGACUUGCCACUUCUCAAAUGGCUUCACGCCAAAUCUUCGCGAGGAAUUGUUAACAGGCCUUUCGUGAUGGAUUGGGCAGCCUCCAAAGGGUAUCUGGAGAUUGUCCGCUGGUUG